CAUUGCGACGGUGUGCUCUGUAUUGGAGCACCCACUUUAUUCGAGUUCAUUAGACGGAAUCAGCAAAUGAGAAUGGAAUUCAAAUCAUUUUUAUUGGAUAUUGACGCAAGAAUGAUGCCCUUCUAUCUCUCCAAGCAGUUUGCUCAAUUCAGCAUGUUGACGGGUCAUUUCUACGAUUCAAAUUCCACGAAAAAGCUUGAAUCAUUCUUAAAAUCGGUGAAAAAUCUUAUUAUUGUUUGUGAUCCACCAUUUGGCAUUAUGGUUGAAGCGCUCUUCAGAACAAUUCGUCAACUCAAAGACAAAUUCCUUGAUGUCCAUCAAAAGUUAGUGGAAUCCGUUAGAAUCGUUCCUAAUGAUUUGUUCUGCAGAUUCUGUGAAAUGUGCGAGCGAUAUGUGGCGAAUGAAAAUCGCCACUGUGGUCUAUGCGGUAUAUGCCCAUCGAAGGUGAUUUUUCAGGAUGGAACGUCAUAUCGGCAUUGUGCACGAUGUAAUCGCUGUGUGAAAUGCAAAUAUCUGCAUUGUUCAAAAUGUGGACGGUGUCAUUUGGCUGGGAGAUGCUUAGAAACUUGA